CCGCACUUAGCUGUCAGCUCUUGGCUUCUGAAAGAUAACACACCACACUACUUCAUGGGGCGGUCACCAUGCUGUGAGAAGGUCGGCCUAAAGAAAGGUCCAUGGACGCCGGAGGAGGAUCAGAAGCUGCUUGCCUACAUUGAGGAGCAUGGACAUGGGAGCUGGCGUGCGUUGCCUUCGAAGGCAGGAUUGCAGAGGUGCGGCAAGAGUUGCAGAUUGAGAUGGACAAACUACCUGAGGCCGGACAUCAAGAGGGGCAAGUUCAGCUUGCAGGAAGAGCAGAGCAUCAUCCAGCUCCAUGCUCUACUUGGCAACAGGUGGUCGGCCAUUGCAACGCAUCUACCAAAGCGCACGGACAACGAGAUCAAGAACUACUGGAACACCCACCUCAAGAAGAGGCUGGCCAAGAUGGGGAUCGACCCUGUCACCCACAAAGCCAUCACUGGCUCUCUCACCGGCACCGCAGACGACGAAUCGGCCAAGGUCGCGGCAAGCCUCAGCCACAUGGCUCAGUGGGAGAGUGCCCGCCUCGAGGCCGAGGCACGGUUGGCUCGAGAAUCAAAGAUGCAAACAGCAGCUUCUACACCAACCGCACUCCAUUUGCAGCCAACGAAUAUACCUGCCUACGCUUCUCCUCCAUGCCUCGAUGUGUUGCAGAAUGCAUGGCAGGGUGCAAAGAUCGACCUGGAGUCACCAACCUCCACACUGACGUUUACAGGGAGCAAUAGUGGCAUGCUGCCAACCCCCAGGACCAACAGACUAGAGAUAUCAGAAAGCAACUCUGCGAUGUGGCAUCAGAGGAGUGAUGAGCUAGAGAGUGAAGAAAGUGAUUGGCAGUUCCUCAGCAAGCAGCAAGUGCUGGGACUGGACGGCAGGGAGAGGGAAGAAGACCUCAUUGGCUGUGAGGAGCCAUGGUUCAUAGGAGCUGCUGGAGUUGGAUCUGGAUUCACAGGCAUGCUGCUUGAUGGAUCCAAUGUGCAUGACACAUCAGAAUGCUGGGGUGAGUCCAACAAUGGGCAAACUGAGCACAGCAGCCAAGCAUCAGAUGAGGAGGACAAGAAUUAUUGGAAUGGCAUCCUUGGCAUUGUGAACUCAGAGCUGCCACCCCAAUCGCCACCAUUGCUCUAGAAUAGAGUCCCUUAGUUCUUUUUUUAUUUCUUUUAAGAAAGGACUUCUGAGAAAAUCCAUUGGAUCACCCAUAUUCAAAAAGAAAACAGAAAGAGCGCAACAAAUAAAUGCUACAACUGCUGCAAUAGUUUGCAUUUUUUUUUCCCUC